CAACAACGCGGCAACUCUUUCAACCACCUCGGUAACUUGCUAGCCAACAUAAAACUGAAACAUUCAGGAUUUAAAUAUGUUAAUUAGCUGAUCUCAGUGUUUAAAAACAAUUUUGUUGACGUAUUAACUGGUUAACUUUAACCUAAUUUGCUUGUUCAAUUUGCAAACUUGUUAAAGAUUGAUACUGAGCCAAGCCGCUAAUGCUACCUAGCUAGCAAACUAGCUAACAUCCCUGACCAUGAGUUCACUAAACUACUAUUCCCCUGCUAAAGAAGAUGGCUACUGGUUCAAUUUGCAAACUUGUUAAAUAUUGAUACUGAGCCUAGCACUAGGUUAUUCGCUAAUGCUAGCUAGCUAACUAACAUCACUGACCAUGAGCUCACUAAACUACUCCUCUGCUAAAAUAGAGGAUGUCUGCCGUACGGAGAAAAAAGCUUUGGCGCUGAACAUUGUCGUGAAAGAAGAAGAGGAGGAUAUUACAGUGAAAGGAGAGAAAGAACCUUUAAGAAUUAAAAAGGAGGAAGAAGAGGCUGUUAUAGUGAAGGACGAAGAGGAUGAUGUUAUAGGAAAAGAAGAGAAAGAACCGCUUAGAGAGGAAGAGGUUGCUUUCUCAACAAAGGUGAAGAAGGAAGACGUUUUGGGAGUGAAAGAGGAAGAGACAGAAUAUCUCAUUAACACCAGAGAGAGACAUGACUAUGGUGGAUCCUCUGGGGAGCCUCAACAACAUCCUGAUGCUGACGAGGCAGAGAAGAGUCUGUCCAGAUCAGAACACCAGAUGGACAACGCUAGCCCUUACUCCCUCCCGGAGUCCCCGUGUCGUGCCUCUCCCGGUAGCGCCUUACUGGGUAUGAAGAGGUUGUCUGUGCUGCUGGUGGACUGCAAGAAAACAACAGGAUUGAGUGAAACUGUGAGAGGAGGAGAAGAGAAGAAAGGAUCAGAUUUGACACAUCAAAGAGGAAAACCAAAUUUGGAGGAACCAGAGACGUCCAAACCAGCAAGACGGCACCUCUGCUCCCAGAUUGGAAAGCGUCUUACCAAGCCAGGAAGCCUGAAAAGACAUGGGAGGACACACACUGGAGAGAAGCCACACCAUUGCGCCCAGUGUGGACAUAGUUUUAACCAGUUAAGAAGCCUGAAAGCUCAUGAGCGAAUACACACAGGGGAGAAGCCUUACAAAUGCUCAGAUUGUGGGAAGACAUAUUACUCAUCAUGGUCACUUAAAGUUCAUGUGAGAACCCACACAGGAGAGAAGCCUUACCACUGCUCCCAGUGUGCAAAGAGUUUUAGCCAGUUAGGAUACCUGAAAGCACAUGAGCGAAUACACACAGGGGAGAAGCCUUACCACUGUUCCCAAUGUGGAAGUAGUUUUAGCCAGUUAGGAAACCUGAAAGUUCAUGAGCGAAUACACACAGGGGAGAAGUUUUACCACUGCUCCCAGUGUGGAAAGAGUUUUAGCCAGUCAGGAAGCCUGAAAACUCACCAGCGAAUACACACAGGGGAGAAACCUUACCACUGCUCCCACUGUGCAAAGACUUUUGUCUAUUUAGGACAUCUGAAAGAACACAUGAGACUGCACACAGGGGAGAAGCCUUACCAAUGCUCUAACUGUGAGAAGACAUAUUACUCAUCACAGUCACUUAAAGUUCAUGUGAGAACCCACACAGGAGAGAAGCCUUACCACUGUUCCCAGUGUGCAAAGAGUUUUAGCCAGUUAGGACACCUGAAAGCCCAUGAGCGAAUACACACAGGGAAGAAGCCUGCUCCCGCUGUGCAAAGAAUUUUACCAAAUGAUGAAAAAGAAGCUCUGGUGAAAGGAGACGAAGAAACUUUCAGGAUGAUAAAGGAGGAAGAGGAGGCUAUUGCUUUGAAAGAAGAAGUGGAUGAUAUCACAGUGAAAGAGGAAGAUGGGAAAGAGGUUGUCAGAGUGGAAGAGGAGGAAGUAGAAGCUUUCAGAAUCAAAAAGCAGGAAGGUGCCAUAACAUUGAAAGAAGAAGAGAAUGUCGUGAAAGAAGAGGAAGAACAUGCUGGAGUGAAAGAGGAAGAGGAGGCUAUCUCAAUUAAAGAGGAGGAGGAAGACGUUUUGGGAGUUAAAAAGGAGGAGGAAGAGACUGAAGUACCGAUUGACACCAGAGAGAGACAUGACUAUGGUGGAUCCUCUGGGGAGCCUCAACAACAUCCUGAUGCUGACGAGGCAGAGAAGAGUCUCUCCAGAUCAGAACACCAGAUGGACAACGCAAGCCCUUCCUCCCUCCCGGAGUCCCCGUGUCGUGCCUCUCCCGGUAGCACCUUACUGCUGGGUAUGAAGAGGUUGUCUGUGCUGCUGGUGGACUGCAGGAAAACAACAGGGCUGUGUGGAACUCUAACAUCACUGACCAUGAGCUCACUGAACUACUCCUCCCCUGCUAAAGAAGAGGAGAUCUGCUGUACGGAGAAAGAAUCUCUGGCGAUGGACAUUGUCGUGAAAGACGAAGAAGAGGAGGAUAUGACUGUGAAAGGAGAGGAAGAACCUUUCAGAAUGAAAAAGGAGGAAGAGGAGGCUGUUAUAGUGAAAGAAGAGAAAGAACCUUUUAGAGAGGAAGAGGAUGCUAUCUCAAUAAAAGUGAAGGAGGAAGACGUUUUGGGAUUGAAAGAGGAGGAGACAGAAUAUCAGAUUAACAUCAGAGAGGGACAUGACUAUUGUGGAUCCUCUGGGGAGCUUCAACAACAUCCUGAUGCUGACGAGGAAGAGAAGCGUCUCUCCAGAUCAGAUCACCAGAUGGACAACGCUAGCCCUUCCUCUCUCCCGGAGUCCCCGUGUCGUGCCUCUCCUGGUAGCACCUUACUGCUGGGUAUGAAGAGGUUGUCUGUGCUGCUGGUGGACUGCAGGAAAACAACGGGGCUGAGUGGAACUGUGAGAGGAGGAGAAGAGAUGAAAGGAUCAGAUUUGACACAUCAGAGAGGAAAACCAACCUCGGAGGAACCAGAGACGUCCAAACCAGCAAGACGACACCUCUGCUCUCAGUGUGGAAAGAGUUUUACCAAGUUAGGAAGCCUGAACAGACAUGAGAGGGGACACGCAGAACCGAAGACACAAAAUUGCGCCCGGUGUGGAGAGAGUUUUAGCAACUUAGGAAAUCUGAAAGCUCAUGAGCGAACACACACACGGGAGAUGCCUUUCCAUUGCUCCCAGUGUGGAAAGAAUUUUAAGCGGUUCGACACUCUCAAAACCCAUGAGCAAAUACACACAGGGGAGAAGCCGUACCAUUGUGCCCAGUGUGGAAAGAGUUUCAGCCAGUCAGGAAGCCUGAAGGAACACAUGAGACUGCACACAAGGGAGAAGCCUUACGACUGCUCACAUUGUGGGAAGAGUUUUAACCAUUUAGUUAGCAUGAAAAGACAUGAGAGGAUACACACAGGAGCGAAGCCACACCUGUGCUCCCAGUGUGGAAAGAGUUUUAAGCGGUUAGACACUCUCAAAACCCAUGAGAAAAUACACAUUAGGCAGAAGCCGUACCAUUGUGCCCAGUGUGGAAAUAGUUUUAGCAAGUCAGGAAGCCUGAAAGUUCAUGAGCGAAUACACACAGGGGAGAAGUCAUACCUUUGCGCCCAGUGUGGAAAUAGUUUUAGCAAGUCAGGAAGCCUGAAGGUUCAUGUUCUAAUACACACAGGGGAGAAGUCAUACCUUUGCGCCCAGUGUGGAAAGAGUUUCAGCCAGUCAGGAAGCCUGAAGGAACACAUGAGACUGCACACAAGGGAGAAGCCUUACGACUGCUCACAUUGUGGGAAGAGUUUUAACCAUUUAGUUAGCAUGAAAAGACAUGAGAGGAUACACACAGGAGCGAAGCCACACCUGUGCUCCCAGUGUGGAAAGAGUUUUAAGCGGUUAGACACUCUCAAAACCCAUGAGCAAAUACACAUUAGGCAGAAGCCGUACCAUUGUGCACAGUGUGGAAAUAGUUUUAGCAAGUCAGGAAGCCUGAAAGUUCAUGAGCGAAUACACACAGGGGAGGAAUCCAUACCACUGCUCCCAGUGUUCAGAGUGUAUUACCCAUUUAUGAAGCCUGAAGGAACACAUGAGACUGCACACAGGGGAGAAGCCUUACAAAUGUUCAGACUGUGGGAAGACAUAUUACUCAUCACGGUCACUUACAAAACAUAUGAGAAUCCACACAGGAGAGAAUAAUUACUUAUCCUAGUGUGUAAACUUGUAAUUCACAUCACAUACACUUAAAAUUCAUCAGAGAGCAUACACACUGCUCCCAUUGUCUUAUGUUGUUGACUGAGGAUGUGGUUACUUGUUUAUACUAUAAAGAAAGAAGAAAAAAAGAAAUUCAAUUGUACACAGUCCACUCAAACAUAUAUAUUUGUAUGUUUUUAUUAGAAAACAUGAAUUGAAUAUGGAGUAUGUCAGUUUGAAUAUAGAGUAGAUCAUAUAAUCUCCUGUUCCUGGGACUAUCAUCCUGUGUUGCAAACCAGCUGCACCUGUGUCCUUGUAUGAAUAAAGUCCCUCCCAGUAACAGGAAACUAUAAAGAUAUGUGCUCAUCACUCAAUGCUUCAGGAAUUCAGACUGUCUACACUGCGCUGUGUAACUCUGUUAUUCUCUCUGAGCUCAGGAAUAAAGAGACUUGGUUUGACUUGGACUCCACCCAACUUGCAACCUAAAUCCAAUGACAGGUAACAUUUUGUGUUUCACCCAACUUGCAACCUAAAUCCAAUGACGGGUAACAUUUUGUGUUUCACCCAACUUGCAACCUAAAUCCAAUGACGGGUAACAUUUUGUGUUUCACCCAACUUGCAACCUAAAUCCAAUGACAGGUAACAUUUUGUGUUGAUUUCAUGUUGAAUUCACUUUAGU